GCGGCGGCGGCGAUGGUGGCUAUGGAGGCUGAUCAUGAAUGAAAACCUCCUUCACAUCCAGCGUGGAGGUGGGGGGUGGGGGGAGUGGAGGGGAUCGGAUCAGUGUCACCCCAUUGUCCCGCCGUGGCAAAGUGGGCGGAUAGCAGUGUCUCCUCCUGCCCAAUGGCAGCCGCGAUCCUCAUGAGAGCGCAGAAGAGGCACUUUUCUGCCAUGCAGAAUCCCUAAAACCAUCAUCGCUCCGGCUCGGCUCGGAGAGCCCACAGCAGUGCGCGUCAAAGAGCCUCGGCUGCUGAGAGAUGUCAGAGCCAACCUCGGCGCACACACGGCCCUGCUGGGAGCUCGGAGCUGCGUAGGGAGCGCCGUGCAAGGAGAAUCUCUGGUGUCUCUUCUCUCUCUCUUCCUCUCUCUCUCUCGAGCGGACAUAAAAGCAGGAAUAUACAUCUUUUUUUCUAUUUUUAUUUUUAAUUUUGUUUACUUGCAUCGGCGUCGUCUCACUCUUGUCCGAGCGUGGCCAUUCGCUCAAUGUCAUCAUGAUCAUCAUCUCGUCGCGCAGUGUACUGCUGUCAGUCUACUACCCGCAGAUCUUCCUGAUCCUGACGAGCGGAAGCUACCUGGCCCUGUCCUCGGUUGUGGCUCUGGGUGCCAACAUCAUCUGCAACAAGAUUCCGGGGCUGGCACCUCGCCAGCGGGCCAUCUGCCAGAGCCGCCCAGACGCCAUCAUUGUUGUAGGUGAAGGUGCCCAAAUGGGCAUCAAUGAGUGCCAGUACCAGUUCCGGUACGGACGCUGGAACUGCUCGGCGCUCGGAGAGAGGACGGUCUUCGGUCAGGAGCUUCGAGUAGGCAGUCGGGAAGCAGCUUUCACCUAUGCCAUCACGGCAGCGGGGGUGGCCCACGCCAUCACGGCCGCCUGCAGCCAGGGCAACCUGAGCCAGUGCGGCUGCGACCGGGAGAAGCAGGGCUACUACAACCAGGAGGAAGGCUGGAAGUGGGGCGGCUGCUCGGCCGACAUCAAGUACGGCAUCGAGUUCUCGCGGCGCUUCGUGGACGCCCGGGAGAUCAAGAAGACGCCCCGCCGCCUGAUGAACUUGCACAACAACGAGGCAGGCAGAAAGGUUUUGGAAGAAAGGAUGAAGCUGGAGUGCAAGUGCCACGGCGUUUCCGGCUCCUGCACCACCAAGACCUGCUGGACGACGCUCCCGAAGUUCCGCGAGAUCGGCUACAUCCUCAAGGAGAAGUACAACGACGCCGUGCACGUGGAGGUGGUGCGGGCCAGCCGCUUGCGCCAGCCCACCCACCUCAAAGUGAAGCAGACUCAGGGCUACCGCAAGCCCAUGGAGACGGACCUCGUUUACAUCGAGAGGUCGCCCAACUACUGCGAGGAGGAUGCGGCCACGGGGAGUGUGGGCACCCAGGGACGCCUGUGCAACCGCACGUCGCCGCACACGGACGGCUGCGACCUCAUGUGCUGCGGCCGCGGCUACAACACGCACCAGUACACCAAAGUGUGGCAGUGCAACUGUAAGUUCCAAUGGUGCUGCUUCGUCAAAUGCAACACGUGCAGCGAGAGGACGGAGGUUUUUACCUGCAAGUAAAAAGGCCUCAAGGGAAUGUCGUCAUCGGCAGGCGAAACGCCAAGGACUAGUUGAACAAAGACCCGACAGAGCGAGAUGUCCGCACGUCUUCAAGCAGUGAGAGAUUGUAUAGCUAAGCGAACGGGAUUUAACACUAUCAGCUCUCCGUGGCGUCGUUUUGCACAGCAGAAUCUUAUCUAAUUGCUUUUCAGAAAGUAAUUGCUAAGUAUCAGUAGAUCAUAGCCCAGAACUUUGCUGUCAGAUAGGGAUUGUGCUCUUGUACUGAUGUAUCCACAGUGAAGUUGGGACCAUCCGUAAGGAAGAAGAAGGCCGUCAGAGGGGACUGCGCGUUGCAGCCGGGUGGGGUUCGGGAGGGGGAAAUGCACGCGUCAGUUUUUGGGAGGAACUCAGAGACGGACGGGAAUGACAAAAAAUGGCCACAGCUGAUUUGAGGUGACUGAUGGGGAAGAUCUGUCAAAUCUAUGAUUUAAAGAAAAAACAAAACAAAAAAAACAACAAAAAAACAACUUUUAUAGAUCUUGUUGUAUCUCCGCUAAACGGGAGCUUAACUGAAUCUCGACCCGCACCCGCCCAGGUUGUCUGGGGCCGGUGUCAGAGGCCGAGAAAUGAAGAACAUUUUGUAAAAGCGCGGUGCAAUGUGUUGCACCAAAGUUUCGAGUGGGGAACUCUGUCAAACCCUUUGCUGCCAACUGGAAUACGGUGGAGAAUGUUAGUUUUCCAGUUACACUGGAACUGUCUGUUCUGAACACUGAAAAUAAAUUGUCUAUUUAUGUUAUAGUAUCUUAAAACAAAAGCACUAACGGGUAGAGAUGUCUUUUUUUUGUACUAAAUGUAAUAAGAAAUACAUUUUUAGAAACUAUUAGGAGAUGACCACGUCGUUUCUAAAACAUUACCUUUUAGAAAAGGAAAGGGGAGAAGAAAAGAGAAAAAGCUUUCAUUGCUACUGUUGUGUUGACGGCAAAAUACAUAAUUCCCGACUUCGUA